GGGUUUGUUGUCAUUUGCCUGGAUACGGUGCUUGAUCCUGUGACGCUGCAGCGCUGCAGAUGAUCACAGAAAACCCUGUCGACAUCACAUUAAAAGAGGGAUAAUGAUGGACGAGAGCGCAGAGCUGUCUGUCUCUAUAACGCAGAUUGUUCAGCGGCUCAAAGGGACUCAUUUACACUCUCAGCUGGAGAAACAGGCUAAAGAAUGCUUGCACAAACCCGAAAUUAAACUGGAAACGCUGAAAGAUGAUGUGAGAAGAUUGUUAAAGGCAUCAGGUUGGGAGAGAAAAUUACAAAAUGCGGUUUACAGGGAAUUACACAUUCUGCCUCCCCCUGGGCACCCUAGAGCACCUCCUGAACACACCAAAGAGCCCCUGGCAUAUAUGCGCAAAGCCCAGGUUAACUGGGAGAAGAGGAUCCUGAAGAGUUUGAACAGUAUGUGCACCGAGCUGGGAAUUCCAUUGGCACGGAAGAGGCCAGUCCCAGAGCAGAACGAGCUGACAAAUAAAUGGAACGAGAUGGGAACUGAUGAACCAGACCUAAGCAAAUUCAGGCCUGUCUACGCACCCAAAGACUUCCUUGAGGUGUUGGUAGGUUUAAAAAACCCAAAUAACGAGCGCAGUGAAGAUCUCACGGUCAGAAGCCACUGGGGAUUAAUCCAGGUUUCCCUCAACGGCCGUGACAUUCCUCAAAUGAGGGAAAUGUAUCCAGAGCUAGGUCUUACUUAUGGACAGCUUGGUAUAGAUGAUCACACUCAUGUUCCUCCAGAUUUGUUUGAGAGUGAGCACAUUCACAUUGGAAAAAAAGUUGUGAGCGAGCAAGACAGUGCAGCGGCGCAGCAGUACAGCAGGCAGGGCUGCCCCACCGGUCUCAGGGCCCAGCUGUGGUCUCUCAUCCUGAAUACUACUAAUGAUCCUGAGGCCAUAACACAUUAUGAACAGCUGAAGGCUAGAGUCAUACACCAUGACCUGCUGGUGGACAACCUAAUAUAUAAGGAUGUGAAGCUUACUGCAAGUAAUGACGAUUACUACUUUGUGUUUGAGGACUAUUUAUAUCAAGUCUUGCUGUGUUUUUCUCGAGACACUGCAGUCCUGGAGCAUUUCAACUACAACUGUGCUUCACCGCCUAAAUCUUGCAUGCAAAGCAAGUCUGGCUCUGAGCUGUGUGCUGUGGUUUACCCCCCGAAUGGUGUCAUUCCAUUCCAUGGCUUCUCGAUGUAUGUUGCACCACUGUGCUUCUUAUAUAAUGAGCCGUCGAAGCUGUACAGCGUAUUUAGAGAGAUGUAUAUUCGCUACUUCUUCAGGCUACACUCUGUCUCCUCACAUCCAUCUGGUAUAGUGUCUUUGUGCUUGCAGUUUGAGAGAUUACUGCAGACUCAUCUUCCCCAGCUUUUCUACCAUCUACGAGAGAUUGGAGCCCAGCCGUUACGUAUUGCCUUUAAGUGGAUAGUCCGGGCCUUCUCCGGAUACCUGUCCACUGACCAGCUCCUAUUGUUAUGGGACCGUAUCCUAGGAUAUGACUCCUUAGAGAUAGUAGCAGUCCUGGCCGCUGCUGUCUUUGCCUUCCGAGCCGAAAACCUAAUGGAAGUGGCAUCACUGGCAUCAGCUGAGGCUGUUCUUGCAGACCUCUCAACCCUGAAAGUGAUGCCCUUGCUGCAGAUCUUCCUCUUCGCCACCUCCGUCUGAGAAGCUGGCGGUGUAUUUGUCUGUUUUGUGUUUUGGUGGCUGGAUGUUCCAGUCCAUUAUGAUUUCAUAUUGACUGUAAAGGGAUAGUUUACCAAAAAAUGUACUCACCCUCAUGUCAUUCCAGUGACAUUUGUAUAACAUGUUAUUAUGACUUUCGGUCUUCAUUUUUUACCCAAUGUAACCAAUUCCUCUUACUUAACAACCCCUAACUUCUUGCACCAUUCUGGUUCUGCAUUUAACUGCCUCUCAAGAUUCAGUGAAUUCCAAAUGGAUCAAUUGAAGCCCCCACACACUGCUUUUUCCCCACACAAAUGCACUCCUUACAGGAGUAAGAUGAAUUGCAGAUGCCCCACUUCAGGUUGGGUUGAUUUAUAAGAUUUCAAGGGAAUUGUUUGAACUGCAGUUGUGACACAAGGGAAAAAGACUAGACAUGGAAAAGAAUAAUUUAUGAUUUAUAUGCUGUCAUUUGAUUUUUAUAAUCUUAAACAUUCUAUAACCAUAUAUACACGCAUAUGAAUAUAUUUAUUGAUGAGCCAUUAAAUUAUGUCCACCUAACCUGUAGGAUGUCCUUUAGCCCACAAAACGGUAGCCACAUGGCGAGGCCUGGUACCAUAAUGUCAACAGCAAGUCCUCCAAUUCCUGUACAUUGCGGGAUGGUGGUGAUGUAGUAUGAACCCGCUUUUCCAAGUAGAACC